AUGCAAGAUCAUACAAGUGACUUUGCUCGUGCCUUACUGGCGGGCGAGAUCCUGAUUCCAGACCUCAUAGAGCAGCACGGCAAGCCAGCACUACAACUCCCUGAUUGGCCAAAUCUACUCGUCCACCCUCACACCAAGCUAUGGCAUGGCGUUCCAGAAGCGUUCCAGCUACAGCACCUCAUCAGUGAUGUAUACGAGCUGCUGACGCAGACAACAUUUGAGUUGCUAACUCAAAAGACGCUGUUCCUCCUCGCCUUAGCUACUGCGGCCAAGAUGUCAGAGAUACACGCCCUAGACUUUGACCUGACGACAAAUCCCAGAUAUUAUGGAAACCCCCGGGAAAUCCGCAACCUCUGUGAAGCCACCAGGAAGGGGGAUCUGGAGAAUGUGAAGCAGCUGCUUGCUAAAGGUCAGGCUGACAUCAACUGUAAAGGGGUGCGGGGCCUGACACCGGUGAUGUGUGCAGCAUGGCGGGGGCAUAGUAAACUGGUAAAGUUCCUAGUAAGCAGAGGAGCUUAUACGUCACUAGUGACUGACAGUGGAAAUACCAUCCUUCACUUGGCAUCUGAUGGAGGGAAUCUGGAGAUGGUGAAGUUUCUCCUCUCAAGGAAGAGUGUGGACAUUGAGGCUAGGAACAAGUCUGGAAUGACAGCAACAGAAGUGGCGAGUGCUAAUGGCCAUCAGGAAUUGAGGGAUUUCCUGCAGUCCUUUAGUGGAUGA